AUGUGGAAUCCUGUUUUACUAGAUGCUUGUAGUAUUUCACGUCAAAAAAAUGUAUCUGGUGUGUUCGUUCAAGUGCGUAAUGCCACCAAAAGAGCUGCAGGCUCGAGAACAAGUAUGAAGGAUUCUGCAGGUAGAAGAUUAGGCCCGAAGAAGUAUGAAGGUCAAGAUGUUUCCACAGGAGAAAUUAUUAUGAGACAAAGAGGAACUAAGUUCUAUCCUGGGGAAAAUGUUGGUAUAGGGAAGGAUCAUUCCAUAUUUGCCCUGGAACCUGGCGUUGUUCGUUACUAUCUUGAUCCUUUCCAUCCAAAAAGAAAAUUCAUUGGCGUAGCCUUGAGUCGUGAUUUGAAACUGCCAUCUCCUCAUUUUGAGCCGACCAUAAGAAGGUUUGGCCGUUUUGAGCUAACUAACAAGAGGGCAGCGUCUAAAGAAGAAGGUUCUAUAUCUAGAAAAGAUUUCCUUGCAAAACCGAAUAUUUUAAAACAGUUAGAAAUCAGGGAAUCCAAAAGAAAGGAAUUACAAAACAAGCUGACCAAGGCCCUUCGGGAUGAACUUAAGUUGGAUAUACAAGACAUCGAAUUGGCAACAUCAUAUUUGAUUCGUGUAAGGGCUUCCCUGAAGAAUGGAUACCCCAUUGAGGAUGCAAGGUUCAAUAGUAGAUACCAUUUAAAGGCAGAAGAGCGUUUGAAAGCAAAGAGAGAAAACUGGACAAAUGAGAAAUUGUCAGAGAGUCUAUCCAAGAUUGAUAAAUGCAGUGAUCUUUUGAAUUCAUCUACAUCUUUCAAUAAUAAGCUAGAGCUACAUCAGUAUAUUUCCGAACAAGAAAAACAAGCUCUGAAGGUGAAACUAAUAGAGGAUCUAGAAAAAUCGCAACACUUACAAACCAAAAAAGACAAGAAUUUUAUUAGAACGCUUUUCAAGGACGCCUGUAAUUUUCUGACUUUAUCUGAAGAGGUACAUUUGCGUAGGAAAUACUUAAAGCCGGUCUUCCCUGAAACAGAUAGCACGGUCGAAACUAAAAUUGGUAAGAAGACAAUUGUGUCCAGGCGUUUUGACUACACCAAAAAUAAAGUUGAAGUCAUUGCCAGAAGUAAGCGGGCUUUUUUAAGCAAGCUUUGA